CGCCGACACACAGGAAGAAAAAAGACGAAGCUCAGUCUUGCUCUGCAAACCUGCACCCUGCUCCCCCCCCAACCUCGGAUACACGGCGACAUAAAGGACCAAAUCACUGCUUGACCAGUUUAGCAGGUAUGGCAGAGUUGGCGAGUCUGGUGCAGCGGCUGGAGGUGGCGGUGGGCCGUCUGGAGUCCAUGUCGGGCCCUGGAGGCAGCGCUGAAGGUUCUUCUGGGGGAGCUGUAUCAGCGUACGUCGAGGCCUUUGACGAGGUCGUCAACGGUCCUUUGGCCCAGUACAUCUCCCUCAGCCAGAAGAUAGGGGGCGAUGUCCUGAAGCAUGCAGAAAUGAUGAAGAGCGCAUUCGCUAGUCAGAGACAACUCCUCAUAAAGGCCUCAUCCUCCCAGAAGCCCUCUGAUGCAGUUUUGACGACUCUCCUGCAGCCGGUGUCCAAAGCGAUCCAGCAGGUGCAGGCGUUCCGCGAGCAGAACCGCACCUCGCCGCACUUCAACCACCUCUCUGCCGUCAGCGAGAGCGUGCCGGCCCUCGGAUGGGUCGCCAUGGCUCCUAAACCAUGCCCCUACGUUAAAGAGAUGCAGGAUGCCGCCAUGUUCUACACCAACCGCGUGCUGAAGGAAUACAAGGAGAAGGACAAGACACACGUGGACUGGGUGAAGGCCUACAUCUCCAUCUGGACCGAGCUGCAAAACUACAUCAAACAGCACCACACCACCGGGCUGACCUGGAGCAAGACCGGUCCCAUCGCUUCAGCCGCUGCAGCUCCUCCCAGUGCUCUGGCUGGUGGAUGUCCUCCCCCACCUCCCCCAGGACCUCCUCCUCCCCCCAUGGACCUGAGCGGACCCUCUGGUGGCGACGUCAGCUCUGGUGCUGAUAAUCGUAACGCUUUGUUCGCCUCCAUCAACAAGGGAUCCGACAUCACAAAGGGCCUGAAGCAUGUGAGUGAUGACCAGAAGACCCACAAGAACCCUGGCCUGAGGGGUCAGGCCGCACCAGUGCGUACUGGACCCAAACCCUUCUCAUCCGCCAGCCCCCGACCGGCUGCGUCCGCCACCCCGACCCGUACUCUGCCCCCAGUGUUGGAGUUGGAGGGGAAGAAGUGGAAAGUGGAGAACCACGAGGGAGUGCAGGACCUGGUGAUCAGCGAAACUGAGCUGAAGCAAGUGGUUUAUGCUUUCAAAUGUAACAAGAGCACCCUGCAGGUCAAAGGCAAAAUCAACUCCAUCACUAUAGACAAUUGUAAGAAAAUGGGCCUGGUGUUCGAUGACGUUGUCGGCAUCGUAGAGGUCAUCAACUGCAAGGAUGUCAAGGUCCAGGUCAUGGGUAAGGUCCCCACCAUCUCCAUCAACAAGACGGAUGGUUGCCAUGUUUACCUGAGCAAAGACUCCCUGAAAUGCGAGAUAAUCAGCGCCAAGAGCUCAGAGAUGAACAUCCUGGUACCCAACAAAGACGGAGAAUUUACGGAGCUUCCUGUUCCCGAGCAGUUCAAGACCAUCUGGGACGGCCAGAAACUCGUUACCACAGCAACAGAGAUCGCCGGAUAGACGAGGUCAGCAUAUAAAAUGGCCGCCUCUCCUCAACACCAUCCGCACCCUUUUUUUUUUUUUUUUAAAUUUGCAAACACCUACCUGACUGAUCGACCACCCCACCAGCUCUUACACUGUUGACUGACUGAGAUUCGGACCUCAUGUGUUAUAUCUCCCGCCCCUCUUCCUUAUCAGCCAAUCACAGCUUAAGCUGUCCCUUCCAUAAGCCAAUGAGAGGACUGCUCGCUUUACCUGGAGCAAAUCCUCCAGCCAAUCAGCAGGGAGCAGCUUGUCAUUCGAAAUUAGGUUUCCCUGUGAGCCAGUGAGCACUUUUCAAAAAAUAUUCAUGAGUUUUGCCAAUAGCUGGGAUGCUCUGUAUGAUAUUUUUAUAUCUAUCCAGAUAAUUCUAAACUAAAUUUAACAUGUAGAAUAGUCAACAUGGGAACAAGGAUAUUGAUUCCUCUGCAACAAAAGCACUGCAGCCAAUCAGGAUGCUUCAGGUUUUCUUUUCUUUUCUCCUCUUCCUGGUCAGGAGGGGCUGGUGUUUAAGUUGUGGCCUGAUAGGUUUCUGUUUCAUUAUAUGCAAUUCACUGGUGAAGCACUUGUCAAACAAAGGCCUUUUUACAGAGGAUGAAGGCAUCCAUAUCACCUCCACUGAUGUUAACUGUAAAAUUAUUAACAUUCAUAGUGGAUAAUGAUAUAUAUAUAUUAAAAAAAAAAAAAGCUUUGUCAGCACACUCAGAGCACAGAAAUAGGAGUAAAAACAA